AUGCACGAAUGGCAUGCUUUGUCGCUGACUUCUCCGGUUGCCAAAGACCUAGGCCAAGCCGACCAGUCGACCAUAUCCGUUUCCAAUCCAGAGUUCCCCCUUCCUCAAGGCCUGUCCUUUCACCGAUGCUUUGUUGACCAAGUAACACAGCAAGUGCUUGUCAAGGACAUUCAAACUCGUGAAUUCGUUUGGGAAGGCUUUGAUCAACGCCGCCGCGUUCAGCGCUAUCACCUUUCGGAUGUCGAGACAAAUCCACACGAUCUCGACGAGCUUCCUCCCGAAAGCUUGUUGAGACUCCGGGACUUUCUCGAGUCGGCCACCGGUCUCAGACCGACGCAUGCAGCCGUAGAGGAAUUUAGUAUUCGGAAAAUGAAACGCUCGGGUGAGUACGCUUCGAACCAUACCGUCACCACGUUUGAAUCCGUUCAGCUUCCCGCCCUCGAUGUGGAUCAGGACAGUGGCUCCUACUUUGUAGCUCAAAUUCCCUUGCUCCAAUCAGCUGUUCAGCACGUCAACAAGCCACGACGGCGUCAAGCCAACUGUUGGGAACUCGAGUCGAAUCGACAUUCGACCGAUAUUGACAUGCCCGCCCGAUCGCUGCUGAUCAAACGAAAAGACUUUCUCUGGAACUGGCGCAGCCAGAUGAUGGCUUCGGAAACCACUACCGAUCUCGUUUUGGUCGUCAAGCUGUACACUCUGCCAGAAUCGCGGAACGAGGCUUCUCACAUUGCGGACGAUGACCUAUUUGGCUAUAUUCCGUCACCGCAAGAUCGGAUACCCAAACCUCCGAUGCCAUCCCUGGAGGAGGUUUUGACGAUCGUUAUUACUACAUCUCCCAUUAAAAGUCACCCCUCUACCGAACUGUUGGAACGCACCAUGGAAACCUUUGUGCGAGCGGGAACGGACUUUGCCUACCGAUGUCGCAAAGUCAUUGUUUGCGACGGGUAUCGCCAGGACGCGGCCGAUGCAAAAGUCACCAAGAAACACACCAAUCCGAAACAGGCCAUGCGCAACGGCAUUGUCAAUCAAAAUCAGGCCGAGAAUUAUCAAGCGUUUAAAAAUGCUUUGAAGGAAAAGUGCGCGGCUGCUCCCGUCGACACAGUAUUUCAAAACUGUACAGUCGAAGAGUUGGACUCCCGACACGGCUAUGGUUUCGCCUUGCGUCACGCCCUCCGCGAAUGUGUAACUACUCCCUUUGUCUGCGUGAUUCAGCACGACCGAACUUUUAUGCGUCCGACGCCUAUGACGCACGUGCUCAACGCCAUGUGGCAUCAUCCACGCAUCAAGUACGUUGGGAUGAGCAUGCGUAGCAAUCUGUUGUACCGGGAUAUAUUUCUUGGCAAAUACGGACGAGCCUAUUUGGACGAACUCAAUGCUUGCAUUGAACGCCCGCCUGAGCUGCUGGUGGAUGCGGCCGAAUACGGUCCCAACAGCCGCUCGACCGAACUCAUGGAUUUCGCCACGGACAAGCUUCGCGACAAUAUCCUGGCGCUCACCGAGACGUACCGCGCCAGUGCCCAGGCCAUACUGGAAGUUGAGCAUCGACAAACAUUAACCUCGUUACCCACACCGGGGAAGCACCAAAUGAGUCUGACACCAACGCUAUUUUGGUAUGACAAUAUCCACGUAGUCGAUACGGCCCAUUAUCGCGAUUUUAUCUUUCACGAGCCGUACCAGAUGGUGGCUCGGGGGGGAUUCGUAGAAGACAAAUUGAGUCCGGUACUAAAACGAACCGUCGAGCGGCUGGGAAUGCGGCAGGGUCACGCACGCUUUGGUUGCUAUCUUCUUGACGAUCAUGCCGGAAUGUUCUUUACGGGACAUUUGGAUGGAGGUAGCUACAUGACAGCCGCGGCGAAAGAAACGUUCGUUUUGGCCCAAACCGACAAGGAGGAAAAACCGGAGCUUUAA